AUGGAUUUCAGUGUUAAUGAAGAAAUCAAUGGGGUCCGGUUUUCCUGGAAUGUGUUCCCACCUACUAAGGCUGAUGCCAGUAUGAAUGUUGUCCCAGUUGGUUGUCUAUAUACACCAUUGGCUGAGUACGAAAAUUUACCCAUUGCUGAAUAUAACCCAACAGCUUGCGCUGGUAAGAACUGUAAAAGUAUUUUGAACCCUUAUUGUCAAAUUGACACGGCUAAUAAGGCGUGGGUUUGUAACAUUUGUUACUCUAGAAAUGGCCUUCCAAUGAACUACAUUAAUGUGACCCCAGAAAACAAACCACUGGAGUUACAAUACACUACCAUGGAAUAUAUCACUAAUAAGGCAGUUUUAGUACCACCAAUCUUUUUCUUCGUUAUUGAUAUCACUUCCGAACAAGAGAAUCUAGAUGCCCUAAAGCAAUCUAUUAUUACUUCUUUGACUUUGUUACCACCAAAUGCGUUGAUUGGGUUAAUCACUUACGGUAACGUUGUGCAGUUACAUGAUUUAUCAAGUGAAACAAUCGAUAGAUGUAAUGUCUUUAGAGGUGACAGAGAAUACCAAUUUGAACAGUUAGUUGAGAUGUUAACUGGUCAAAAGGCCGGGAAUGCUAAUUUACAAGGUAAUAACAUGAAAAUCACUCCUACUUCUCUUAAUAGAUUCUUUUUACCUUUAGAAAAUAUUGAAUUCAAAUUAAAUCAAUUGUUAGAGAAUUUGACUCCAGACCAAUGGUCCAUCCCAGCUGGCCAUAGACCAGCUAGAGCAACAGGUUCUGCUAUGAAUAUUGCUACCUUAUUGUUACAAGGUUGUUACAAACACACUGCUGCUAGAAUCAUUCUUUUUGCCUCUGGACCAGGUACUAUUGCACCAGGUAUGAUCGUGACUACUGAAUUGAAGGAUCCAUUAAGAUCUCAUAAUGACAUAGAUUCUGAUCGUGCAGUACAUUACAAAAAGGCUUCAAAAUUCUAUAACCAAAUUGCGAAUAGGGUUUCGGACAAUGGCCACACUGUCGAUAUCUUUGCCGGUUGUUAUGAUCAAGUUGGUAUGUCUGAAAUGCAACAAUUGACAGAUUCUACUGGUGGUGUUCUGUUAUUAACAGAUGCCUUCUCCACAGCCAUUUUCAAACAAUCUUACAUUAGAUUGUUCUCCACUGACGAAGAUGGUUUCUUAAGAAUGGCUUUCAAUGGUGUUAUGUCUGUUAAGACUAGUAAAAAUGUGAAAAUCCAAGGCCUAAUUGGUCAUGCAACAGCCAUGGAAAAAUCUGAUACUUCUAACGUCAGCGAAACUGAAAUUGGUAUUGGUGGUGUUUCUACUUGGAAAAUGUCAGCCUUAUCUCCAAACCAUACAUAUGCUAUUUAUUAUGAUUUCCCAACUACGGCAGCUAACUCUCCUCAAGGUGUUCCAGGUCAACCUGCUACUGCCUAUACUCAAUUCAUUACAGCUUAUCAACACUCUUCCGGUACUAAUCGUAUCAGAGUCACCACUGUCGGUAAUGUUGUUAUGGGUAAUGGUAAUCAAGAUUAUGCCAACUCUUUUGAUCAAGAGGCAGCAGCUGUGUUAAUGGCCAGAAUUGCUGUUUCAAAAGCUGAAGCUGACGAUGGUGCAGAUGUCAUCAGGUGGAUUGAUAGAACAUUGAUUAAGUUAUGCCAAAGAUACGCCAAUUAUGACAAGGAUUUACCAGAAACUUUCACCCUAGUCGAUAGUUUCAGACUAUAUCCUCAAUUUACAUAUUAUCUGAGAAGAUCUCAAUUCCUAAGUGUGUUCAAUAAUUCUCCUGAUGAGACUGCCUUUUAUAGACACAUUUUUACCAGAGAAGAUACUACAAAUUCUUUGAUUAUGAUUCAACCAACUUUGACAUCAUUCUCUAUGGAAGAAGAUCCACAUGCAGUACUAUUGGAUUCCAUCUCAGUUAAGCCAAAUACCAUUUUGUUAUUAGACACUUUCUUCUUCAUUUUGAUUUAUCACGGUGAACAAAUUGCUCAAUGGAGAAAGGCCGGUUACCAAGAUAAUCCAGAUUAUGCUGCUUUCAAGAGUCUUUUGGAAGAACCAAAGGUCGAAGCAGCAGAAUUGUUGGUCGAUAGAUUCCCAUUACCAAGAUUCAUUGAUACCGAACAUGGUGGUUCCCAAGCUAGAUUUUUGCUAUCUAAGUUAAACCCAUCUGAUAGUUAUCAAGAUAGGAAUGCUGCCGCCGGUACACUUGGUACUAUUGUUCUAACUGAUGAUAUAUCUCUACAAAGCUUUAUGCAACAUCUAAAACAAGUUACUGUAGGUAUUCAAAACUAG